AUGCCGGUCAAAGCUGUAGCAAGGACAUCGAUAGCACGUAAUGGCUUAGGUACAUACGUACUACCAUGCAACAAACUAACGCUACAGUACUGUAACUGGGGAGGAUCGUCUCAAGGCAUGAGACAAAUCUUGACAAAUGGACAGUUAAACAAGAUGGCAUUGUCAAAACCACAAGUGAUGUUUGAGGUGCUUAAAAGGCAAGGUCAUCCAAAGCUCAUUUUCCGCUACAAUGACGACAAGACGACCGAGGUUGAUGUGAGGAACAUGAAGACUCAUGAAAUUGUGGAAAAGAUUGACGAGUACAUACAACGGUCAGGAAAUGAGUUAUUCAAGUGUAACCACAAGGUUGUUUCUGAGAAUGAAUCAGUUAGAGGUAUAUGGUCACCUUUGCACACACCAAAAGGCCACAGGUAUAACAUAUAG